AUGUCGAAUUGGGCAGUGAUUGCGUACACCCAUGAUUAUGUGCCAAGAACGCCACUGCCGGAUAUCGUGUUUAGUUUGGUUGGAGAGCAGCGGUGGGCGUCUUCGCUGGGUGACGCAUGCGUAGCCCUAUGCAUAAUUCUCCUCGGCGGCCUCCUCCUCAUCCAUCAACACCGAGGAACCGUUCUGAAACGCGUCGUAUUCUGUGCGGCGACACUUUAUGCGAUGAGAUCGAUCACUUUGGCAGCUACACAAUUACCAUCUGGCUACACGGAUAAUAAGGGAAGAUGUCGAGAUCAAGUCGCGUCGAAACCAUCAGUUUUCUUUGGAAGACUUUUCGAGCAGACGAUUCGAAUUGGGUUCCAGAGCAAAGACCAAAUGCUGUGCGGAGAUCUUCUCUUCUCCGGACACACCCUCGUCAUGGUGACAUGCUCGUUGGCGGUGGCCUAUUAUCUUCCAAAAUCCAUAAAACCGCUUCAAUGGAUUGCUCAUGUUUCAUGUUUUGUCGGAAUGAUUUGUAUGAUCAUUUCGAGAACGCAUUAUACGAUUGAUGUGAUUAUUGCGUACUGGCUGAGCAAUAUGGUCUUCAGAAUCUACCAUGCCUACUGUGAACUGGACAUGUGUAUGGAACGACACAAAAGCAUACUGUACUCAUGGUGGCCGUGUCGUAUUAUCGAUUGGCUGGAACAGGACAUUGUCCCCGGCCGUCUCGACAAUCGAUGCAGUUUCCCGUGGCGACGACUGACACGUGGCAUCAAUCGAGAAAGGGGCGGAGCCAAUGGUGAAGCCGUUUCGAGUGACUCGUCGUCGACGACUUGUGACACGAAUGCUACUACACAUCAUCAUCAGAAACAUGUUUCUAUUAGCUCCUCAUCGACCUACCCACUUCCAUGCUGA